AUGGCCCAACACAGCCCUCUCGGACACAUCUCGAUCGGCGUGCGAGACUACACCGUCUCCAAAGCCUUCUACACGGCAGCCCUUGCGCCCCUCGGCCUCAAGCUCGUCUACGACAGCGAAGCCACCACCUCACCCCCAUCCAACACCACCACCACCACCACCACCACACUCACCGACAUCACCCCGCCUCCCACCAAAAAAGUCCGCACCCUCGGCUACGGCCGCGACAGCGACCACGAGAUCCUCAACAUCUUCGAGUUCGGCGCCGACGCGGCCCCGCCGGGUCCCGGCUUCCACCUGGCGUUUGACGCGCCCAGCCGCAUGGCGGUGGUGGAGUUCCACGCGCAGGCGACGGCGGCGGGUGGGGCCGACAACGGCCUGCCCGGGGUAAGGCGGCACUAUGGGGCGAGCUAUUUUGCGGCGUUUGUGGUUGAUCCGGAUGGGUGGCGGUUGGAGGCUGUUUGUAAGGGGGUUUAA